CUCGAAGAUGGCGCAAGAUUCGAACUGCUGUUUGCAGAUUUGUUAGUAUAAAACAGAAAUCCAGUCCAUAUAAUAAUGCAUCUUCGUCAAUUUAAAAUUCCAUGUCCAGAUACAAGGCUUAUAAAACAUGGUAACACAGUGUACAAGUUUAAAUUGCAGUAUGACUGUGGACAUACUUGUCGAACUGAUCUGCCAUGUAAUGGAAAUGUCAUACAGGAGGAAAUGGAGAAGGUUCAUAAAAAUAGUUUUGAAAAAUCAACAAGAUCUGCAACCAAUGAAGACUGAUCAUUUUGUGGUUUAUCCUUGUAAAAAGCAAUGGAAUGCUGCAAGACAGUUAAAGUUUCUUGAAAAUGGCAAGAAAUUGGAAGUUUCUCCAAACAUGUUUCUCAUUUAUUUGGAAGACAAUGAUGAUAGACUUGUGCAAGGUACAAGUAAUGAUAACAUUACUGAUGAGGUUACCAGAGAUUCAAAGAGAAAAAAACCUGUGGCAUUAGAAAAGUCCUCCAGGAAACAUAGUUCAUCAGUCUCACAUGAAGAACACAAAGCAAAUGUUAUACAGGCAGAAAUCAAAACACCUGAUGGUGGAAAACAGUCAAGCAGUGGCAAAUAUUUCUUACGAAAGAGACCUGUGCAGCAAUCAAAUGAAGAACCCAGUUCUAAAAGACCAGUUAGACGUUUAAUUGAUCUUUCACAGGAUGUUAAGACUAGAUCCUCAUCACAUUCUCCUUAUGAAGGCACAACAGCAGAAGCUGAUGGUAUUCCUGAAGACCCAGAAGGCACGAUAGUGUUAGUAAAUAGAAGACCAGGAAGAGAUGUUAUUCAACAAAAUCAGUUACAGGAAUUGAUGAGAUUACAGAACUUAGCCAGACCUUCACAACAAUAUGCUAAUAGAAAUACUAGAUCUCAACAACAUAAAGGAACACUACAAACCAUAUGGGAUACUUUCAUGACGCCUGCCAAAAUGCUACUCAGAAAAAAGUAGGACGCAGUUGAGUUCAAAGUUUCAUUUCCAUAGAAAAAAACAAACAAUCGUGAAU